UAUUUUAAUUUAUGUGCUUAAUGAGUACCUUUUUUGGCAAUUAGAUUGAUUUUUGGUUUGAUUGAAUGCAAACUUUUAAUUUUCUACCUAUCUGUUAAACUGUUACAAAUUUAUAUAUAUGGCAUAAUUCGAUAGAAUUCUGAUGAUUAUAAAAGCAAUUGUUUACUUGGAAUACAUUCGAUGGAAUAUAAAAGUGUGUAUAAAUAUACAUCUAAAAAUUUAGUGGUUCUGACAAAAUGAUAUAUUCCAAGAUUUUUACUCUUUGGUUUUUGUUCUUUAUUAUUCUUGGAGCAUUAGCCAGUAAUGGUAAUAUGGUUUUGAAAGAAUUGGGAGAAAAGGAAUAUUCCUUAAUAAAAGCAAAGUCAUCAUUGUCACAACAUGGAAAAUGUUGGCAUGCUGCGCUCCAAGCAUUGGAAAGCAGCUGCGACAAAUUAAAUGAUUAUGAGCAUUCUGUUCUUGCUUUGCGCUUAGCAAAUUGUUUCUUGGAAGAUUCUGGUCACAUGACCUAUGAGUGUCACCUUAGUCAAUCAGAAAAUGAGCGUCGCAAAUGCAUUAAUGGCAUGGCAGACAGAGCGUUUAAUGUUUACAAUGAAUUUUAUACUCAUGCAACUCAUAUUUGUUUCUUUUUGAAUCAUGAAGCUUGGCAAAGUGAGGUUGAUGAUACCAUUAAAUUAUUAUUUCAAGUAUCUUCCCGAAUGAAGGAUCAACUUUUAGAAGCAUCAGAAAUGCAGGGUAUAAUAUUGAACAGCCAGAAAGAAGGCUUGCGUAUUCAAAACAAGCUUUUAGAUCAUGGCAAAGAACUUGGGACUGUAUUAAAAACUUCAUCUGAGACAGUGAACAAUAUGGUGUUGGAUUUCAAAGAAUCAGCUAAAGAUCAGAAGGAAUUGCUUUAUGAGAUCUUCUCUUACAUACGCACUUUUCAAAGCUGGAUUAUCGGAGAAGUGUCUUGGUUCCAAUCCAUCAUAUUUUAUACUGUCAGCUGUAUUAUCUGUGCAUUAUUCAGUUCUUCUAAAAGAACUGUUGAUGCAAGAAUUGCGCUGUUUACUAUUUUAAGUUUAAACAUAGUAGCUGAAAGAGUAUUAGUUAAAUAUUAUGACAAUAUUAUACAUCAGUCUCCAGAAGAUAAGGAACAACUAUUAAAUACAACAUGGUUGUACAGAAAAGCAGCUUUAGUACUUUGUGCCAUAACGUUAUUUUGUACAUAUUAUUAUUAUAGAGAUGAACAAUUGGAAAAUAAUAAAACUUUACAGAGAAUCGAGCACCAGCUUGAUGUCAUACAGAAAAUCACAACCAUCUCCAAAAAUAUUGAACCAAUUCAGACGUCAACAGAAGAGAGCCUGCAGUAUAUCAGGCAAUCCUUAAAAUCGGAAGAAAUGGAUCAUUUAGAGGGAACUCAUUUCGACAUUCUUAUUCCACAUGUGUUUGUCACUCUUGGCGCAUCCGGUGAUCUGGCUAAGAAGAAGAUCUAUCCAACUCUCUGGUGGCUCUUCCGAGACAAUCUCUUGCCGAAACCCACCGCCUUUGUCGGCUACGCCAGAAGCAAAUUGACGGUGGAACAAUUGCGUGAAAAGUGCAAUCCGUACAUGAAAGUAAACCCGGACGAGACGGAGAAGUAUGAAGAGUUUUGGAAGCUGAACCAUUAUGUCACUGGCACGUACAGCUCGCAGAAGGAUUUCGAGCUGUUGAAUCGCGAAUUACAAAAGUAUGAACAAGGACACACCGCGCACAGGCUAUUUUAUUUGGCACUACCACCGAGUGUGUUCGAAAGCGUGACUGUACACAUUCGAAGCGUCUGCAUGGGGAAGAAAGGCUGGACGAGAAUAAUCAUCGAAAAGCCAUUUGGUCAUGAUUCCGCCUCGUCGCAGAAGCUCUCCGAUCAUUUGGCCUCGCUGUUCAGCGAAGAGCAACUCUAUCGCAUCGAUCACUAUCUCGGCAAGGAGAUGGUGCAGAAUUUGAUGACUCUCAGAUUCGGGAACAGAAUAUUCAAUCCUACAUGGAACAGGGAUAAUAUAGCUUCGGUGCAGAUUACUUUCAAGGAGCCGUUCGGUACUCAGGGUAGGGGCGGCUACUUUGACGAAUUCGGCAUGAUCAGGGACGUAAUGCAGAAUCACCUACUGCAAAUCCUGUCCCUGGUAGCUAUGGAGAAACCCGCGUCCUGCCAUCCGGACGACAUCAGGAACGAGAAAGUGAAGGUUCUAAGAUGCAUCAAGGAAUUGCAACUUGAUCAAGUUGUUCUUGGCCAGUAUGUCGGUGAUCCGAACGCUGACGAUGCGGAAGCGCGCUUGAGCUACUUGGACGAUCCCACGGUGCCACCUGGAUCUAACACGCCGACGUUUGCUUUGGCGGUGCUGAAGAUAAACAAUGAGAGAUGGGACGGGGUUCCGUUCAUCCUUAGAUGUGGAAAGGCUUUAAACGAGCGAAAAGCAGAAGUUAGAGUACAGUACCAGGAUGUGCCGGGUGAUAUUUUCGACGGGAAGGCGAAGAGGAAUGAAUUAGUGAUAAGAGUGCAGCCGGGCGAAGCAUUGUACAUUAAAAUGAUGACGAAGUCACCUGGCAUCACGUUUGACAUGGAAGAAACUGAAUUGGAUCUAACUUAUGGCAAUAGAUACAAAGAUUUAAAAUUGCCGGACGCUUAUGAGAGAUUAAUCUUAGAUGUUUUCUGCGGUUCGCAAAUGCAUUUUGUGCGGAAUGACGAAUUGCACGAGGCGUGGCGAAUAUUUACACCCUUGCUGCAUCGAAUUGAAAAGGAGAAUGUUCAGCCACUUCCAUACAAAUAUGGAUCCAGAGGGCCGAAAGAAGCUGACGAUUUGGCGAAACAAAACAACUUCGCUUACUACGGUUCGUACAAAUGGAUAAAACCGUGAUGGCUACUGUGAUAUAAGAAUUAUAUCGCUUGAGGUACAAAUCCUAAGAAAUCCACAAAGGUUUAAAUAUGCACAAUUUUUGAUUAUCACAUUCCCAAAAUUUUGACAAAUUUUGUAUACUGUUGUAUACAAACUAUUUUUAUAAUUCUUUUAUAUACGACAUAUACUUAUCGUUAGAACGUAACUGAUGUUAUCGGCUAGUUUUUCGUAGACUUUUCGGACAUUGUCGUUCAAAAAAACUGUCUGAGACAAGUUUUUAGCGUGCUAGGAAUUCGAAAAGUUGCGGAACGAUUCUUCACUUUUUUCAGGAAUUUUUUAUAGGUGUUUUUGUCAUUCUUUUUACUCGAACAAAUAGAAUAUUUUGUAUCCGCCGUCCCACAGUCGAUGUUCUUCUGUUCAGUGUUUAACGAAUUAAAGAGGUUUUUUUAUCGAUAACUAAUGUAGAUUUUUUGUUGAUGGCAUAACAUGUCAGGUUUUGCGAUAUCUGGAUACUUUUUAUCAUUUUCUAAGCUAUUCUGGGAUUUUCUAGGACUUACGAAUUAUCAAUUUUUUUCUUAUAUAUUAUUCAUAAAUUUUUAUUUAAAUCUUUAUCGUGGCGAGCACAAGGACGAUAAAUGCGUAUAGACUGCAUUUUCGUACGCUGAUAAGACGAUGUGUGUCAAGAACGGAUAAUCAUGAAAUACUUGCCGCGAAGAACAGUGAAAUGUCAAAGAACAGCACUGUCUUCUGUAUAUUUGUAUAUCUUUUUUUAUCUCGUCUACAACGUUUAUUAUGUCCGAUUUGAAUCGCGAUCUCGAUUCAGGGACAUAAUUCGUCUUUUAUCCAACAUUAAGCUCAAUAUCUUAAGAUUCAUACAAAGAAAUGAAUGUCAGAUCUUCCUAUUUGGAUCAGUUUUAUUAAACCUUGACAAUCGAAACAUGGUGCCAAUCGCGACAUAUUGUACAAGUGUCUUUGAUAGCAUAAAUUAUUCAGCGCUAGAGAUCUGUGUGAGAUUAUUCGAUUAUGUGAUUAUAAAUAAACAAGAGAAAAUUGAA